UCUGGCUGGAUUACUGGUUCCGGGCGAAGGUGCCGUCCUCGCUCAUGUUUGUGCACGGGACUAGGGGUUGUUUGAUUAGAAGACUGAGAUGAUGGGUGGGUUUCAGCAAAAAAUGUGAAAUGCGCAAAUGUCUAGGGGAUCGCGUACGAAUGGGCGGCACACCUCACAUCGAACGCACGAACUUACCGCUCCCCGCUAUGGUCCUGACCGUGCUGCCAUCUGGGUAGUCAUUGCGUGCCCGUCCGCCAUUUCGGGCGGUUGAACUUGCACUAGAACGGGUCUCUCCCGUCCCAGACCACCCGAAAUCCAAGAGCUCCCGGUUUCGGAGAGCUCGUCCAUCUCUGCGACUGUACGUUUGCUAGUGUUUUCAGAACAACCGCCUACAGCUUUUCCCCUGUAAUCUGAUGUCCCGGCCGCAUGCUAUUGGUUCGUUUUUACUGUUGUGAUCGGCAAAAACAAAGCCAGGCUCAACAAGCAGCCAGGCAGGACAUAGAGCGACGCAUUCACGCGAAUUUUGCGGUGACUCGGACGGCAAAAAGAGGAUACGCAGAACACACCAUGCAAUUUCGUGAGCUAGGUGGUCCAAUUUUCCCUGCAUUUCUGUGUGUAGAGGAGUAACUAUCCACAGCAGCCACGAUUUCACGGCUCACCUGAAAAGAAAAAUGUCUGUUCUUGCGUGCCGUCCGUCUCAAAGGAGGCAGCAUCCUCCUCUAUGCCUUUCCUCGCAGGCUGCCGGCCGGUGUAACAGUGCGGUAGACACUGGGGGCGCUUGCAGAUGCGCACCUCUUCCUGGAUCGGUAGUUGUGUGGCUGAAUGCCCAGACUGCACACACGUUGUCGAGCGGCAUUUUUUCGGUGCGAAGCUUUUCGGUCUUUCGGGAUGGAGAGAGCGCGUCUUUUGCUUGAUGCGCACGCGCAGUCUCCGAAUACAUUUGCGAUACGUCUGUGACGUCUCCAAGAAGGCACCGCGUGGUGACUAUUAACGACGCUGUACUGGUUGGGCUAUCAAAACGGCGCACAUCCCCCUGUGCGCGCUCUUCUUUUGCUGCUCAGCCGGUCGGUUGUGCGCACGCAGCGGAAACUCACAUCCCCUGUGGCUGCUGCCCCGGCCCUCCGGUUGCCUCGCUGGGUUUCCGUUGCGUACACUCUCCUCUCUGGGACACAUCCCGGCAACGCACGGAGUCUGUCAGGACGCGCACAGGUGGUUUGCGACUGUGCAUCUGCUACUUUUUUAUGUUUUCGUCUCGCACAUUGCUUUUUUUGUCUUGCGUGUCGGCGGCAAACAUUUCUUUCUCUCCGUACCUUUUGCGUUUCGCGGGUUUGCGCGCGCUCCCAAGCGUCCACCUCUUCCGUGUCGCCCCUGACAGCACCAAGCUGCAGCCUGCUGCUACCCGUGGUGGAAUCGUCUUAACACGAUGGCGCCCAAGAAGACGAUUGUCAAAAAGACCAAGGCGAAGAAGGACCCCAACGCGCCGAAGCGGCCGCUGAGUGCCUUCAUUUUCUUCUCCAAGGACAAGCGCGAGGAGAUCAUUCGCAAGAACCCGGAGCUCAAAUCCAAGCUCGCUGAGGUUGGGAAGAUGGUCGGGGAAGCGUGGGGGAAGCUCUCAGACGCGCAGAAGAAGCCGUACGAGUCCAAGGCGGUCGCAGACAAGGCGCGAUACGAGCGGGAAAUGAUUGCCUACAAGAAGGGUGGCAAAUAAACGUCCUCUCAAUGUUUUUUGGUGGGAGUCUUCACGGAUUGCCUCGUCAAAAUCCGUGGUUCUAAAAGGUGCGUGCUCGGGUGCUGCACAGUCGUAGACGGCGGGUUAGAAGCCAACACGACAGCGGCUGUAGGGCAGUCACACAGCCCCGUUUUUGUCCUACGACUUGUGGACCUGGGCUUUCGGUGCAAAUUAUGAAACGUGCCUCCACGUAUGCGUUCAAGAAGUGUGUGCGCUGGGGUGGGUACUUAGAGGGGGAAGACAGUGGCCAACACCUUCAUUGUGUGUCGCCCAGAUGGAAGGUGAACGUAUGGCAUUGAGCGGCAACAUUCACACACCUCCCAUGUGUACAUCAGUGGUAUGGGAGUGUAGUGCGUGGUGUUUCGUUGCUUGGACUGUUCGUGCCUAAAGUGUGAGGACGUGGUCAAGCAAGCGGCAGGGACAGCAUCUUAUCAGAGGGAGUGCCGCUCGUGACACAUGUUUGCUUGUCUCCAACAAAAGUCUGUGCAUAAUCUGAACCGUCUCUUGUCUUUCUUCGGUUUAACCUUUCCACAAGCAUCAUUUACAGAAAUACGCCAUCCACACUCCGUGAGGUUGAAAACGUCCUCAGUUACGGUUCUUUGACGGGUACAUGCGUCCGAAAAUCCCGAACCGUCGCGCUACCAAGCAACAAGGGUGACGAUUCGGACUGUUGGGAAAUAAGUCGAGGACAAUCGCAGCCGUUGCGUGUAUUGCUUUGUCUUGUUUAGCGUUCUCCAUUGAACUCAAGUAGAGACGUAGUUUCGUCAAGGGACUGUUCAGGGGUGAGUUGGUUUGGGGUGGUGCUCGCUGUAAGUGACCGCCUGCGGGAGAGGAUUUGUCAAUUCGUCCUACAGAUACUUCUUUUUCUUAUUUCUUUCGUGAUGAAAACCCCUCUGGUUUGAUGAAGAAUCGGCCAGAUUGUUGGCUUGUCACGUUUGAGGACGACAGUGUCAUUUUGCACUCUGACCUGUCACUGGGUGAUGUCAGUAGACCUUUGUAGCAAGACUGAACGUCGGAGUUGUGCUCGGUCCGAUGAUUCCGUGCGGGUCGCUAUUUUUAUGGAUUAUUAGCUAUUUAGUCGUUCAGCUAUUGCGCAGUGGAUAGCCGCAGUUUCCAAGCCUUUCCGGGUAGACCGAAUCUCUGACACAAACCUGGUAUGGUAACCGAGUACGAAGUAGCUGGUUGCCGAUGUCACGCUCCCUUCAAACGAUGUUUGAGGUUCCUGCGCGCUCACAUGCAUUGUGCGCAGUAUGAGAUCGGCGAGUUGUCAUUUGCCGGCAGCUCUGCAGGGACAAGUGCUCACGCGUGGUAACGAAUGCAGUCAGCGACGGAAUUCCGCUCCAUGUUGAGAGGAUUAAUGUGUAGCUGUUGCGUAUUUUGCUUCCUGGUAGGUCUAUGUAGGUGCUUGGGGUCCUUACUAUCAUGAGGGGAGCAGCGAACUCGGAAGGCGAGGAACAGUAUGGAUUCUUCCUGUCCGAGAGAAACGCAUCUAUUUGUCACGCACUAGACAAAACAGGGUUCAGCUUGGCCUCAUAUGAGAGCAGUACUGGGGAAGCGCAUGAGAUGCACAGCAGCGGCGUGCAUGUCUUUCAAGAGGUCUCGGUGGGAUGCCGGUCCUCUGGAAUCGUAUGCGCCGCUGUAGUUUUAGCAGACGAUAUUUAGAGAACUUUUGAAGUCGGGAAGCACAUCAGCACGCGCUGUGUGUUAUUUGAACACUAGUCACAAAGUGGUGCUUCUGACAGAACAGAGGCACCCAUUGCAGUUACAGUAAAGGAGGUGCAUUAGGGUCUGAAAGCUAGUUGCACGCAGCCACCGUGCUUCAAAGCCAGGAAUUUCGGAUUCAACUCCGGAGAAAUAAUGCUUGACGUUAAACGUGGUGACAAUGUUUUUGGCACAUUAUCAGUUCCCUGGCCUUUUGCAAAUGUGUCGUGGCUGCCCGCCUUUCUGAAGGCGUCAGACGAUCGGUAUUUGAGAGGCAACGGGGAUGCUGAGUCACCGUCGUGUUGAAACGAGGCUGCUUUUACUGAAUGCUAGCGUGCCUGAAGACAAAAGCGAACGAUGCCAUUUUGGCGCUUCAGAGGCACCUGGGGAGAGCGUUUGAGACUGCGCGAGAUUGGCCAGAGAUGGGCUUCAGCGGUACCGAUCCAGCAAUAUAUACCACCUUUUGUGAGCUAGGAACGCUCUAGUCACAAUCUUCACACGGUAGACCUGUCUGUAUAGUAUGUCUGUUGUCCCCGCCCCG